UCGUCGCUGCCGGCCGCCGCUGUGAGGACUCGCCGGGCCUUGUCGCGCAGUGGCCGCCGAACGCGCUCCCACCCCGGCCCCGACCUGCCUGUGCCACCCUGUCCCUCAAGCGAGCCACGUCCAGCCGCCGCUGCCUCGAGCUGGGGCAGCCGCCGUACCCCUCAGGCGUGAAUGACAGAGGAAGUGCCUCCGACUGCAGUUAGUGAGAUAAACCUUCGCCUUUUGUGCCAUGAUGACAUAGACACGGUCAAGCACCUCUGCGGUGAUUGGUUCCCAAUAGAGUACCCUGACUCAUGGUAUCGAGACAUCACAUCCAACAAGAAGUUUUUUUCUUUGGCAGCCACUUAUCGAGGCAUCAUUGUAGGAAUGAUAGUAGCAGAGAUCAAGAGUCGAACAAAAGUGCACAAAGAGGAUGGUGACAUCUUAGCUUCCAGCUUUCCUGUGGAUACUCAAGUUGCCUACAUUUUAAGCCUAGGAGUGGUAAAAGAAUUCAGGAAGCAUGGCAUUGGGUCACUCUUGCUGGAGAGCUUGAAAGACCACAUCUCCACCACUGCCCAGGACCACUGCAAAGCCAUCUAUCUGCAUGUCCUCACUACUAACCACACUGCAAUCCAUUUCUACGAAAACAGAGACUUUAAGCAGCACCACUACCUACCCUAUUAUUAUUCCAUCAGGGGCGUACUCAAAGAUGGCUUCACUUACGUUCUGUACAUCAAUGGUGGGCACCCUCCCUGGACAAUCUUUGAUUAUCUUCAGCACAUUGGGUCAGCCUUGGCCAAUCUGAGCCCCUGUACAAUUCCACAGCGAAUUUACCGCCAAGCCCAGAGCCUUCUCUGCAGUCUAUUGCCGUGGUCAAGCAUUUCAGCCAAGAGCGGCAUAGAAUACAGCCGGACCAUGUGAUUCAAAGGGCCUUCUCAUCAUUGCUGGAGUUGGCCACCUCUGUAGUGAUGAAGCAGAUGGCGGCUCCAUGCAUGAACUGACACUCCAGGCCAGGAUGCUCUUCUGCAGAUCAGGUGACAUUUGGUAGACCUUCCUGUCUUCCUGGGCUUGGAGCUUUAAGAAGAUGGUCCAAGGUGGUAGUCACUGUUCUCUUGGAGGGACUUGUUCCUGUGCUGCAGGUGAGCAGCUGUUUGUACCCAAGCUUGUUUCUCCAAAGCCACAUGGGAGCAUACUGUGUGCUCUGGCAAUGUUCCUGGAGGCAGGCAAAAGGCAGGCGAUGGUGCAGAAGUCAAGGAGGGAUGGUUGGGGUGUGGAAGCUCGGUAGCCUGCUCUGAUACUUCCUCCUGAGAAGCCCAGCAUUUUAACACUCCUCUGUCCUGCAGCACAGGACUUGCUUGCCUGAUUGAGACUCCACAAGACACAGGGAAUGAAUUUGCUGUUUCAUAGUGAAAUGUGUGUGUAUAUAACACAGUAUACACAGUGUAUAUUGCUUCUAGUCUGAGCUAGAACUCAAGAACAGAGUUCCAGGGACUAUCUGAAUUCAGAGCCUAGCCUUUAGAUAUCAGGAAUCCUGGCAUGUGCCAUCCCUGGCAGUAUCUUCCAUUGGAGGAGGCCACUUGUAAGCACCCCUCUCCAGGUUUAGGACAGAGAGUGACUAUCGGUGUUCCUGAUGUUCCGAAGAACAGUUCUGAAACUGUCUCCCCACACCAGUACAGGGGGAAAGUCUGCUGUGCUCUGGUGCAGGAGUUUCAUCUCUGGUUCCCAGUGCUCGUCAAGGUGCCCUUGAGCCCUUCAAUGGAGACUUGGCUCACUUCCUCAGCCAAUAUUUGCUUGUUUUGCACAAGACACUCCUCUUCCUCUAAUAUUUAGCUGACAAAGGCGCACAUUUCUGGGGGGGGGGGAAGGCCCAAGCCUGCAAAGGAAUCGCUGAUCCUCAAGUAGAGUAGAAAUGCAUUGCCCCAUCUCUGCAAACGUACAGUAUGGGCGGGGGGCAUCAAAAGCACUUUGCUGUGCCUGUAUCAUCAGGCUGGAGCUGGCAAGUGUGAUUGGCCUGCAAGUGCAAGCAGAACAAGGUGCUGUUGAGAAGGAAGGAGUGCUCCAUAGUGCACGGCAGCAUGGGGGCCUUUUUGUCCUGGAGCUUUGCCUGAAGAGGAUCCACUUGGUGGGUAUGGGGUGACUGGUCUGUCUUCUGAACAGUGACCCCUUUCAGGAACACUGAAAUUGUUUCCAGGCACCUUCCCCUCAUAGCCAUGUUUCUGCAUGAGCCAGGAGGCAACAGGCUCUUCUUUCAUGCCUGGGAACACCUCCCUUACGGGGCUGCCCACUAGCCAGGAUGAGUUGAGAAGUGGCAGGCCUGAAGCAGUGAAGAUUUUCCUGCAUUUGUGGCAGGGUGUGCUAGGAAAUAGGGAAGGAUGCUCUGACUUCCCUCCACAGCCACACAGUAGUAGAAGCCCCUUCUAUCCACAAUUGGCAAGGCUCUCUCUCAUGUCCAAAAUGCAUGACUUGAGAUCAUCUUCAGACUGGCAGUGGAAAGACUGAGGUGUUGGGGCCUGAGCAGGCCCUGCCUCCUCCAAAUAGAGCUUGUCCCUGUGGGACAAUACUAGUCUGGUUGAUGAAUCUUCAGUAGCCCUUACUCCUGUGGGAACAGUUGCAUUCCCGGAAUUAAAGAGAACCAACAGAGUUGAAAGAGCUAGUGGACCCCAGAAGCUGGCCUAGAAGAAAGGUCCUGGUUUCACUGCAGAGGCCAAGCUCUCAAGUUGGCAGACACUCUCCAGGCAGCUAGGUGAUAUUGCAGAGACUCACUCCCUCUCAAGACAGAGAAGGUCUGUGUGUCAAAGAUCCAUCUGGUUUUCGGGGGUGGGGAGGGGGGCCUCCAAAUGUUGAAUUGUGAAGAGUCAUUUUAAUAUAAAUCAUAGUCUGUGAUUUUCUCUAAUUGUAUCUUUCUUUUUGCUUGAGAAUGUCUUGAGUUCUAGUUUGUACAUUCUGGUUUUCUUUUAUGGUUUUACAUACACUUUUCCAUAUCUGAAUUCAGUGCACUUACAAGCGUAAACUACCCAUUGCAGAUGGCUUCAGGAAAAAAGAGACCUCUGUCUUAGCUGUGAUACCCCCUCCACAGCUGCCACCCCCUCCCCAGGAAAGGUUAUGGGACUGCCCACUUGCCUGCUGUACCCUUAUUUAUUAAGAGCAUAUGUUUAAACGUCUGAUUAAAAAGUUUUGUUUGUGAUU